UCAUGCCCUAGGUGGGCCCCGUGGCGUUGCCUUGGUACAGACGACGCUCUCCACGAGGGCGGGCUGCACUUCCGGGGCGGGGCACGGCCAACGGAAGUACGUGACCGCCCGGGGCCAUGGCGGCGCUCGGCGUCUUCUGCUUGCUCCUCGGGGCGGUAUCCUGGCCGCUGACCUCGGCCUCGGGCGAGGAGUUCUGGCCAGGCCAGUCGGCAGCCGACAUCUUGUCGGGGGCGGCGUCCCGCAGACGGUAUCUUCUGUACGACGUCAACCCCCCGGAGGGCUUCAACCUCCGCAGGGACGUGUACAUCCGGGUCGCCUCCCUCCUGAAGACUCUGCUGAAGACUGAGGAGUGGGUGCUGGUACUGCCCCCCUGGGGCCGCCUCUACCACUGGAAGAGCCCCGACAUUCGCCAGGUCCGGAUUCCCUGGUCCGACUUUUUCGAUCUUCCAAGUCUCAGUAGGAACAUCCCCGUCAUGGAGUACGAACAGUUCAUUGCAGAGUCCGGCGGGCCCUUCAUCGACCAGGUCUAUGUCCUGCAAGGUUAUGCAGAGGGCUGGAAGGAGGGGGCCUGGGAGGAGAAGAUCGACAGCCGGCCCUGCAUCGAGCCGCCCCUUUACUCGCAGGACAAGCACGAGUAUUACAGAGGAUGGUUUUGGGGUUAUGAAGAGACGCGGGGUUUAAACGUGUCCUGUCUGUCUGUUCAGGGGUCGGCUUCCAUCAUCGCCCCUGUGCUCCUGAGAAACACGUCCGCACGGUCCGUGAUGUUAGACCGAGCCGAAAACCUCCUUCACGACCACUAUGGAGGGAAGGAGUACUGGGACACCCGGCGCAGCAUGGUGUUCGCCAAGCACCUGCGGGCUGUGGGGGACGAGUUCCGGAGCAGGUACCUGAAUUCCACGGACGCGGCCGACAGGAUCCCCUUCGAGGAGGACUGGACCAAGAUGAAGGUCCAGCUGGGCUCUUCGCUGGGGGGCCCAUACCUGGGCGUCCACCUGAGGAGGAAGGACUUCACCUGGGGGCACAGGGAGGACGUGCCCAGCCUGGAGGGGGCCGCGAGGAGGAUCCGCAGCCUCAUGAAGACCCACCAGCUGGACAGGGUGUUCGUGGCCACGGACGCCGCCAGGAAGGAGCUGGAUGGGCUCCGGAGGCUGCUGCCCGAGAUGGUGCGGUUCGAACCCACGUGGGAGGAGCUGGAGCUCUACAAGGACGGGGGUGUCGCCAUCGUGGACCAGUGGGUCUGCGCACACGCCCGGUUUUUUAUCGGCACCUCGGUCUCCACGUUCUCUUUUCGAAUUCACGAGGAGAGAGAGAUCCUGGGGUUGGACCCCAAGACGACAUACAACCGGUUCUGUGGGGACGAGGAGAAGGCGUGCGAGCAGCCCACGCACUGGAGAAUUGCGUACUGAGCCGGCCCACGGGCGCCCCACACGCGGGCUCGCAGCCGCCCUCAGGACAGGUGUCCCCGCCGGGGCAGGGACCCCCCGGCUGGGCAGCAGGCUGUCCCCUCUCCGGUCUCAGGCCUGGGAGCCCUACGGAGCCACGCUGCGUCUGUCCUGCCUUCCCCAGGCCCACCUGUCUGCCGUGACCCAGCGCCGCCGCUUCCCCGGGAUGCGGGCUGUUGGCUCCAGAUCCGGAACCGUGUGUCCGCGGCCAGCGAGGCCCCCGUGAUGCCUCGGAGGUGCCGGCUUGUCCUUGUUGACCUUGGUCUGGAAGGUCUCCCACCGCGUCGGGCAGGCCUGGCCCCUGGGCUGCUCGUGUCCCGGGCGGCGGACACAGUGUUGCCGCUCCCUGUGCCACAGAGCAGGGCCCUUGGUCCUGCCCUUCUCCCCACGUGGGACCCCGUGCCAGCUGGACGGCGGGCGAACCACCACAUCACAGGGCCGGUCUGAGGCCUUUGGGGGCCUGUGAUGCCCUCGCCCCGUCCGCCCCCACUGCCUGGGUCAGAGCAUCGGCCCCGUCCGCCCCCACUGCCUGGGUCAGAGCAUCGGCCCCGUCCGCCCCCACUGCCUGGGUCAGAGCAUCGGCCCCGUCCGCCCCCACUGCCUGGGUCAGAGCAUCGGAACGUUCCUUGGCGAGUCCCGGUGCUUUGUGUGCUCACGGGGACGGGGGGCCCCCGCCGGUGGUCUGCAGGGUCCAUCCAGCUGUCCAGGCUGUCUGGUCUGUGACGGCCACAGCAGUACGAGGGGUGGCCAGAUGCUCGUCCUCGGAGCCCCUGUGGUCCCCGCGCGAGGGCAGGGGUGCAGCUGAGAGGAGCGGGGCCACUCCAGCCUCGGAAGGCACCUUGGGGACCAGCUGCUGCGGGGCAGAGGCCGGUCUGCAGAGCCCUGUGUUGGGACUUCACGGCCGCCACGAGGGAGCUGCUGUGAGGGCACUGCUGGGGCCCCACCCCGUCCCCUCCAACUAGGCGCCCAACUUCCCACAACACCUGGGGUGACUGGCGACCCUGCAGAACCCAUGAGUCUGGGCUGCAGCCGCCCCGUGUCUCUUUCCUGAGCUCUAGAGAGGCCCUGAUCAUACGGCGGGGUCCUGCGGUGUCACCGCCGUGCCGGGUGAAACCGCGAGAUAUUUAUUCUUUGUCUGUUUGUACAUCAAGUAUUAAUAAAAUACGUUUUC